AUGGCGGUGACGUCUCUCUGUAACGACGCUAACAAAAUGGCGGUGACGUCUCUCUGUAACGACGCUAACAAAAUGGCGGUGACGUCUCUCUGUAACGAAGCUAACAAAAUGGCGGAAGGCCGAGAGCAGUAUGAGCUGGCUGCCACCUCGGAGCAGGGCGGCAAGAAGAAGGCCAAGGCCAAGAAGAAGGAGAAGGACAUGGACGAGCUGAAGAAGGAGGUGGACAUGGACGACCACAAACUGACACUGGACGAGCUCAACCGCAAAUACGGCACCGACCUCACCAAUGGUCUGACCAACGCCAAGGCGGCCGAGAAUCUGGCUCGGGACGGUCCCAACGCCCUCACGCCUCCCCCCACCACCCCAGAGUGGGUCAAGUUCUGCAAACAGAUGUUUGGGGGCUUCUCCAUGCUGCUGUGGACCGGGGCCAUCCUCUGCUUCUUGGCCUACGGGAUCCAGGCGGCUCUGGAGGACGAGCCGGCCAACGACAACUUGUACCUGGGUGUGGUGCUGUCCGCUGUGGUCAUCAUCACCGGCUGCUUCUCCUACUAUCAAGAGGCCAAGAGCUCCAAGAUCAUGGACUCCUUCAAGAACCUGGUGCCACAGCAAGCUCUGGUGGUGCGCGACGGCGAGAAGAAGAACAUCAACGCCGAGGAGGUGGUGGUGGGAGACCUGGUGGAGGUGAAGGGAGGAGACCGGAUCCCAGCUGAUCUGAGAAUCAUCUCUGCUCAUGGCUGCAAGGUGGACAACUCUUCCCUGACCGGUGAGUCUGAGCCUCAGACCCGAACUCCCGACUUCUCCAACGAAAACCCACUGGAGACGAGGAACAUCGCAUUCUUCUCCACAAACUGUGUGGAAGGAACCGCCAGAGGCAUCGUCAUCAGCACCGGAGACCGCACCGUCAUGGGCCGUAUCGCCACACUGGCCUCGGGGCUGGAGGUGGGCCGUACCCCCAUCUCCAUCGAGAUCGAGCACUUCAUCCACAUCAUCACCGGAGUGGCCGUCUUCCUGGGAGUGUCCUUCUUCGUGCUGUCCCUCAUCCUGGGCUAUUCCUGGCUGGAGGCGGUCAUCUUCCUCAUCGGUAUCAUCGUGGCCAACGUGCCCGAGGGACUGCUGGCUACUGUCACUGUGUGUCUGACUCUGACGGCCAAGCGCAUGGCCAAGAAAAACUGCCUGGUGAAGAACCUGGAGGCCGUGGAAACCCUGGGCUCCACCUCCACCAUCUGCUCCGACAAGACCGGCACCCUGACCCAGAACAGGAUGACCGUGGCCCACAUGUGGUUCGACAACCAGAUCCACGAAGCCGACACCACCGAGAACCAGAGUGGGACCUCCUUCGACCGCAGCUCCGCCACGUGGGCCGCUCUGGCACGUGUGGCCGGCCUCUGCAACCGCGCCGUCUUCCUGGCUGAGCAGAGUGGCCUGCCUAUUCUGAAGAGAGAUGUCGCUGGUGACGCUUCAGAGUCUGCUUUGCUCAAGUGUAUAGAACUGUGCUGUGGAUCGGUGCAAGAAAUGAGGGACAAGAACACCAAAGUCGCUGAGAUUCCAUUCAACUCCACCAACAAAUACCAGUUAGUUAAAAGGGUGGUGGGGGAGGCGCGGUGUGGUGGACUGGGGCAUGGUUGGGGUUGGUCUUUAUGGGGUGGGGGGGGUUGGAACAGAGAAACAAACCCGAGGAGGGGGGGACUAAUCUGGGGGGAGGGCAGGGUCGGGCUUGGGUGGUUGGAGGGGGUGAGAUACGGGUUGUUCGUUUGCGUGGUUCGGGUAGGAGUGGUCAGGCGGGGGGGGGUAACCUUGGUUGCGACAGGGUGGGAGCGGGGGAGGCGUGUGGGGAGGAAUGAGAUGUGGAGGAAGGGGGGUGGGGUGGCGUUUUGGUGGGGGGGGAUGAGGGGUUGGGAUGCGUUGGGGUGGAAGUGGGAGGGGGUGGUAUGCGGGGUGAGGGGGUACUGA